UCCUUUAAGCUCGUAGGCAACCGGCAAUAAGCCCAGCAGAAGAAGAAGGAUGACGGUCAUGGCGUCUUGUUUAUGUUAAGCUGUGUUCGGAUGACAGCUGAUUUUUUAACGACAUUAUAAACAGUCAUCACGUUAACGAACUCAUUAUCCAGCGGUAAGAGGUCCGUUUUAUUUAUAUCUAUGUUUUUUGCCUCGAGUGAAUAAGAGCGAGGACCAGCGCAGCGAUUUAAACAGUGGGAGUCUUUAACGGGCGAGUCAUGGAAGAUAAACGAUUAGCUACACGGAGAGGAGCGACCCACUGAUGUAUGAAUGUGAGGAGCGUCCACAGAUGCAGCAGUCUGCUGGACGCCAAGGAGGGACAAGGACCACAACCAGGAACACAGGAAGCCCAGACUCUUCCGGAUCACACCAAAUGAGAGCUGUGAUGGGGUCCUUCCUACCCUGGCUGCACGAUGUGGCAGCUGUGACUCUUCUAAAAGCCCGGCGGACUUUAUUUCAGGCUGCCAUCCUGUUUUGUGUCCUGGGUCUGCUGCUCUGGGUGUCCAUAUUUCUCUAUGGAAGCUUCUACUAUUCCUACAUGCCCACUGUGAGCUUCUCCACCCCGGUUCACUUUUACUACACCUCAGAUUGUGGUACCUCAGAGCCGGGGCUCUGUUCAUUCCCCAAGGCCAACAUCUCCUUCAUGAAGAACGAGAGGGACCAGGUUAUGGCUUAUGACCAACCUUAUCGUGUAUCUUUGGAGUUAGAGAUGCCAGAGUCACCAGUGAAUGAGCAUGUGGGCAUGUUCAUGGUCAGGAUGUCUUCCUAUACUAAGGGUGGGAGGAUAGUCUCAUCAGUGGGAAGAUCUACUAUGCUGCACUAUCGCUCCAGCCUCCUGCAGACUGUCAGUACUUUAGUUUUCUCUCCUCUGCUCCUUACUGGGAUUGCUGAGCAGAAGCAGCUCAUCGAGGUCGAGCUCUACUUAGACUACAAGCAAAAUGCGAAUCAACCCACUAUUGGCGCGGUCAUCGAGAUCCAGUCCAAACGAGUGCAGGUCUACUCAUCCCAGCUGCGCAUUCAUGCAUACUUCACCGGUAUCCGUUACCUUCUGUACAACUUCCCCCUGACAUCUGCAGUGAUCGGCGUCGCCUCCAACUUUGCCUUUCUCAGUGCCAUUGUGCUGUUCAGCUACUUGCAGUUCAUAUGGGGGGGAAUCUGGCCUCCAGACCAAGUAAGAGUGAGGGUUGUGAUGGGAGACAACACCCGCAUACAGCAGAGGAGACAGGAGGCUCGCAAACGCAUGGAGAGGGAGAACUCACAAAUGGAACUUGCCUCCCCCAAAGUGAUUGGUUCUGUGAAUGAAGCAUCUGAUUUCCAGGGAAAUGACACAAGGGCUGAGGAGUUGUCAAAGACGUCCUCAGUUAUCCCAGAUGUGCCCAAUACUAAGAAGGAAGAGUCUCAUGACUUGAAGGAGCCCGAUGAGAAAGACGACUCAGGUGGAUGCCCUCAGCCCCCUGAGGGAGGAGCGAUACUCCGUCAGAGACCUGGACCCUGGAUGAGCCUGUGAGCGAUGCCACUGCACACAGUUAAUGUUAUCUAUAGUAUCCAUAUGACCUCUGACAAAGUUAAGGAAACCCAGUAUUUAUUAUUACUUUUAUUGUUUUAGCGACAAAACUUCAGUGUACUGUCUUGUCAGGAUAAAUUUACCUUAUUCGAUAUUGUUGACCUCCUAUUGCUGAGUGGGUACAUUUUCCAAAAGAGACCAGCACUGUUACAGGUGUAUGUUUGUGCCAUUUGUGUUUUAGUUGUGGCCACAACAGGAGCUGCUGCAUUCCAACAGUAUUGUCAGCACCAAUCUGGCAUCAACACAAAUGCAGCCUUUUAAAGUCAGGUGAACCUGCUUGUCUGUUUGUGUUCUGUAAUCUACUCAUACAGUCUACAGUAAAUGAAAUGCAUAUCCUGAUUAGAGGUCAACAGAUUUUAGUUUUUUCUAUAGCGAUUCCAGACAUUAUUAUUAUGGACCUAUUCUGGGGUUUACUUGUUUUCCUCCAUCUGAUAAAAUGCAACAGUUUAAUUAUAACAAAUAACGCAAAAUUGCUUAAUUUGCAUGAAUAUAUAAUCAUAAUUAUGGUCUGGCUCUCCAAUCUGCAUUUUGUGUCAACACGUAUAUAUUUUCAAUUAGGAAAAUGCAUAAACUAAAUAUUGCGAUUGUGUCAGCCAAACUGAUAAAUCGGUCUACCUCUAAUCCUGAUAACCCACUCAUAAAAAUAAAAGUACAGUAAGUCUGUUAAGUACUAGUUCAAAAUUGCGAAAUAUAUUGGAUGUAGCUUCUUUGCAAUUGAAACAAAGUGUUAUUGUAUAUCUGGAUUCUAAACUUCCAGAACUCCACACCCCUUUAGGACAUGUACCGUACAUGUGGCAUCAUCUUCUCAAAGCAAUUUGAUUUGGAAAAUUUGCUCCCAAAAGUUUCUUUAUAUUGAAUAACUUGCCAUAGUGUGCUGAUGCUCCAGCCGGAGGGAUUUGUUAUACCUUCCAUCUUACAAAUAGAGAUUUGUUGUGUCUUUGUGUGAUGUCUGAGUUCACUGCCAUGACAUACACAUGACCCACAUAAUGAAGGUUUUCAUUCCAUUUCUUUGAAUUCAGAAUGUGUUACAGUAGAAUUUUCACUGUUCAUUGUGGUCAAAAUGUUUUUCAUCACGACAAAGAAUUAACAGUAUUUUAGAAGGAUCUUUUAAGAAGUAAGUUGUUACUUAGAAACUGUCUUUAUUUAACAUGGGGGAAGCUAUAUUAGAUGAAGGAUUCAUGAACUGUUCAUGUAUGAUUUUGUAGCAAAGUUCUUGUUCUUCUUGGUUUCUGUCUUUCUGGAUGCUCUGCUUGGUACUGCUGAAGUUAAAUAAAUCAGUUUUAUUUAUGCACUGAUACUAAAUUAAACAAAUAAAGAAUA